UUCCGGUGAGUGUGUGUCGUUCAGAGCUGUGAAUAAGGAAACUCUGAAAUAUUGAUAUUAAGGCUCAACUGACACUGGAGGUGACAUGACAGUGUCACCCUUUUCAUUAUAAAAUGGCAGCAGUACCUGGAGUGAGGGCGUUCCUCAGUCUCCACAGGUCAGUGAGCUUUGGGCUCAUUCAAGUCCAGCUGAGAUUAACCUGCCAUCCUGUGAAGCUUUGUAGCACUGUUACAGAAAGUGAUAUGCCCCCGAAGCCACCAGUGAAUCCAGAGAAUGAAUCUCUGCUGGAUAAUCUGAAUCUCAUGGGAGUGGACGUGAAAAAGGCGCACCAGCGUCAGCCCGGCGUGUUCCGUAAAUCCUUCACUAAUGAGCAAGGCGUCGCUCAGUUCCUGCAAGGCAAAGGUGCCUGCCGCAAAGUAAUCGCCAGUAUCAUAUCCCGUUAUCCCCGUGCCAUCACUCGCUCGACUGAUCACUUGGAAAAGCGGUGGCAGCUGUGGAGAAACAUUUUCACGACAGAUGCAGAAAUUGUGUCCAUCAUGGAUCGCUCACCCGAGUCCUUCUUCCGUACCAGUGAUAAUGAGAACCUGGAGAAAAAUAUUGCUUUUUUGAUCUCACUGGGACUGAGCACCAAAGACCUCCACCGGCUGCUGACCACAGCCCCACGCACGUUCUCCAACAGUGUGGAGCUCAACAAGCAGAUGGUGGAGUUUCUUGGAGACGUCUGUACAGAGCUUGGUGGGAAGAAUCCAGAGCAGUUUGCCAAAGCGGUCAUAUCCAGAAACCUUUACAUUCUCAUCCGAAGCAUAAAAAGAGUCAGGACAAAUAUUGAUAUGCUGAAAUCAUCUCUUAAGCUAAGAGAUUCAGACCUGCUGGCUUUUCUGCAAGGUUCAGGAGUAGACAUUCUGGACCUGUCAAAUGAGUGUGUGAAGAAGAAUUUUAACAGCCUUAACCAGAAGAUGACCUUACUCGGCUGUCAGAAAUCUGACAUAAAAAAACUAAUCAUGACCUAUCCAAUGGUUCUGUACAUUGGGACAAGCACACUGAGCUCUAAACUGGACUGUCUCCUGAAUGUAGGAAUAACAAUGGAUCAAAUAGUGGAGAAGCCCAAAGUUUUGGACUACAGUGUACAGAACAUAACGGGGAGACUACAGGAGCUGCAGAAAGUUGGAUACAACUUCCAGAAGAAUGGCAUCAACAUUUUGGAUUCUAGCCGAAAGAGAUUUGACGCAAAGAUAGAAAAACUUUCUGCCCCACCAGAAGAAUAAAUGUAGUUGCUUGUAAUAUGAGACAAUAUAAAAGGCUUGACUAAAUUAUUUGUCAGUAAAAUGUUAUUUUUGGUUAUUCUGGUGUCUCAUUCUCAUUUCAUAGGGCUGCAACACACAUAAUAAUCUGUUCUUUUUUUCCCAUCUCUUUCAGCCUGUCUAGGGGUUGCCAGAGUGGACAUUUUUUUAGAUUAUCUUUUUAGAUGCUCUUCCUGACAUACGGUAGCUCUCCCAUUAAUCCGGGCUUGGGAACGGUUGUGUGUCAGAAACUGAUUUGGGUGUGUACACACCGCCUGUUAAAGGUGUAUCAUGGAGUUCAUAUGACAUGUACAGCAAAUGUAUUUUCUGUCUGUGGUGAUAGCAAAGACAUAUCUUUGGUUUCUAUGUUUGUUUUGCUUGUUUAUGCAUAAUGCCUGAAUAGUAACAUGGGUUAGGUUUCAGUGGCCAAAAAGUGAUUUGGAUCUCUACCUUUUAGCUGGCUUGCGUGUGACAUAUUCUAAGCAUUAUAGCCCUCUCAGCCCCUUCUACCCAUCAAAAUACCUGUAAAGGGCUAAUGCAAAUAGUAAAUGCAGUAUUCCAGUUGCCAAAAGGUGAUUUGAGCUCCCACCUUGUGGCCGAUGGGAUAUUUUUGCUUCAAAAUCACUUUCAUUUUAUCUGGGGGGGCAAUAUCUUUAACACAUCAUAGCCCACUCAGACCCUUUUACCUGUUGAAAUAUUUGUAUAGGGCUAUUGCAAAUAAAAUCAAAAAAACUGAAAAUCUUCAAAAUUA